AUGUCUACAAUGCAACAGCUCACUCGCCUGCCAUUCAAAGGCAUCCUACUUUCGCGAGGUUGGGUCCAACCGCAUACCCCCCUUCUCCGAAUACAUCUUCUCCGAAGUUGCCGACCAACGGCAACAUCAAAAUUUUCUACAUAUCCACUACGGUUUAAUUCAAAGACCCCCAACGAUACAUCUUCAUCCGGGGUCGGCUCCGAUCCAAACAAUGAUCCGUAUCGAACUCCGCCCGUGAGCCUGGAAUCCCUCGGUAUUGGGAAGAAUAUGAAAAUCGUCUUGCUCGUUGUACUCUCUGUCCUUGGAACUAUUGAGAUGUGGUUUUGGUGCAAGGCUAUCUGGACUUGGUGGAAGGGAGGCGAGAAGAACGAAAACGUCGAACAAGGCUGCAAAUGA